AACUAAAAGACAAACAAAACCGAUAACCAUUGAACAGAAUCAAUCAUCCACUCCUUUAUUCAUUUUUAAUCAAUUCCCAUUUUUCAUUCUUCAUACUUUUACGUGUGGAGUGUGUAGUGUAGACAGUGUACAUUCUUGGUUUCAAUGGAUACCAGUAGUGUAUGUCUACUACUACGGUUUUUACUUUUGUUUGUUGUGUGUAUCACUUCCUCUGAAUCAAAUUAUAUAAGAUACAAUACUAACUCAACCAUUGUUCCUGGGAAGCUCAAUGUUCACUUAGUCCCUCAUAGUCAUGAUGAUGUUGGAUGGUUGAAAACCAUUGAUCAGUACUAUGUUGGUUCCAACAACACCAUUCAGGGAGCAUGCGUUCAAAAUGUGCUUGAUUCCCUUAUACCAGCGUUGUUGGCGGACAAGAAUCGCAAAUUCAUCUAUGUUGAACAGGCAUUCUUCCAGCGUUGGUGGAGAGAACAAAGUGGGGAAGUUCAGAAAAUAGUCAAGCAGCUGGUCAACUCUGGUCAAUUGGAGUUCAUAAAUGGUGGUAUGUGUAUGCACGAUGAGGCUGCUGCACAUUACAUUGACAUGAUUGAUCAGACAACCCUUGGACAUCGAUUCAUCAAAGAAGUAUUCGGGAUAACUCCAAGAAUAGGAUGGCAAAUUGAUCCAUUUGGACAUUCUGCAGUGCAGGCCUACUUGUUGGGAGCAGAGGUUGGAUUUGACUCAUUAUUCUUUGCACGGAUUGAUUACCAAGAUAGAGCUAAGAGAAAAGAUGAAAAAAGUCUUGAAGUUGUGUGGCAGGGCUCUAAGAGCUUUGGUUCAUCUGCACAGAUAUUUUCUGGUGCGUUCCCUGAGAAUUAUGAACCUCCCGGUAAUUUCUACUACGAAGUAAAUGACGAUUCUGAGGAUUCUCCAACUGUUCAGGAUGAUAUCAAUUUGUUUGACUACAAUGUCCCUCAACGAGUAAAUGAGUUUGUCGCAGCUGCAAUGUCCCAGGCCAAUAUAACGCGCACAAAUCAUAUAAUGUGGACAAUGGGGACAGAUUUCAAGUACCAAUAUGCACAUACCUGGUAUAGGCAAUUGGACAAGUUUAUUCACUAUGUUAACCAGGAUGGACGGGUUCAUGCCUUAUACUCAACCCCAUCAAUAUAUACUGAUGCAAAACACGCUGCAAAUGAAGCCUGGCCAAUCAAGACCGAUGACUACUUUCCGUAUGCUGAUCGCUUAAAUGGCUACUGGACGGGGUAUUUUACAAGCAGGCCAGCCCUCAAAGGUUAUGUAAGAUUCACGAGUGGCUACUACUUGGCAGCAAGGCAGUUGGAGUAUUUCAAAGGGAAGAGUGCCUUAGGUCCUAAUACUGACUCUUUGGCUGAUGCUUUGGCUAUUGCACAACACCAUGAUGCAGUAUCCGGUACAGAAAAACAGCAUGUGGCCAAUGAUUAUGCAAAACGGCUUGCAAUAGGUUACACAGAGGCCGAGAAAAGUGUUUCAGCAUCACUUGCUUUCUUGACAGAGGCAGCAACCAAAACCGGUCAUAGGACUCCACAGAUUCAAUUUCAACAGUGUCCACUUCUUAACAUAAGUUACUGUCCUGCAUCAGAAGUUGAUUUCUCCCAUGGGAAAGAUCUGGUUGUCGUCGUUUACAAUCCUCUCGGAUGGAAAAGAGACGAUGUUAUAAGGAUUCCUGUUGCCAAUGAAAAUGUUGUUGUUCGGGAUUCAAGUGGGAAAGAAAUCCAAUCCCAGCUGUUGCCGAUACCUGAUGCUUUUCUUGGUUUAAGAAACUACCAAGCCGCAGCAUACCUAGGAGUUUCUCCAAGUGUAAACCCUAAGUAUUGGCUUGCAUUUUCAGCUUUUGUUCCCCCACUUGGUUUUAGCACUUACUAUGUGUCAAAAUCUAAACAAGCAGCUGCUACUUCAGAUAGAGAUAUAGCACACAGGUCAGGGAAUGAGAGUGAUGCAUUUGAAGUAGGCCUAGGAAACUUGAAACUUGUUUACUCUAGGAAGGAAGGGAAACUUACUCAAUAUAUCAACAGGAAAAGGAAGGUCAAAGAAUCUCUAGAGCAGACACAUAAGUAUUAUGCCUCGUAUGGAAAUGAUUUUACAAUAAAUGCUCAGGCGUCUGGAGCAUAUAUUUUCCGCCCUAAUGGUUCAUCAAUUCCCAUCAACUCCAACGAGAAGUCUCCUCUCACAGUUUUGCGAGGACCAAUCGUGCAUGAAGUCCAUCAGAAAAUAAAUUCAUGGAUAUACCAGACUACCAGACUGUUCAAAGGAAAAGAACAUGCUGAAGUUGAGUUUAUUGUUGGACCUAUACCGAUUGAUGAUGGAGUUGGCAAAGAAAUUGCAACUGAGAUUAAAACAAAUCUAACAAGCAGAAAAACCUUCUAUACUGAUUCUAAUGGACGUGAUUUCAUCGAACGGGUUCGAGACUAUAGAAAAGACUGGAACUUGGAAGUAAAUCAACCUGUCGCUGGAAAUUAUUACCCUAUCAACCUUGGAAUUUACCUAAGAGAUAAAAGCAGAGAGUUUUCUGUAUUGGUAGAUAGGUCUGUGGGUGGUUCCAGCAUCGUAGAUGGACAAUUGGAGCUAAUGGUUCAUAGGAGGUUACUUGUUGAUGAUUCCAGAGGUGUUGCAGAGGCACUAAAUGAAACAGUUUGCGUCUCUGAUAAGUGCACAGGGUUAACAGUUAUAGGGAAGUACUAUUUCAGAAUUGAUCCUGUAGGAGAAGGUGCUAGAUGGCGUCGAACAUUCGGUCAAGAGAUAUACUCACCGUUUCUUUUAGCCUUCACAGAGACUGAAGGUAACUGGGGAGAUUCUCAUGUCACAACGUUCUCGGGAAUAGAUUCCUCAUACAGUUUACCAGAAAAUGUUGCGAUAGUAACCCUCCAGGAUCUUGGUGAUGGAAAAGUUCUCCUUCGGCUAGCACACUUAUAUGAGAUUGGUGAGGACAUGAAUCUUUCAGUUAAAUCAAGUGUAGAACUCAAAAAGGUGUUCCAUAAUAAACAGAUAACCAAAAUAACUGAGGCGAGCUUAUCGGCUAACCAAGGAAGAGCAGAAAUGGAGAGGAAGAGAUUAGUAUGGCAAGUUAAAGGGUCGUCUCGAGAACCGCAGGUGUCGAGGGGACAACCAGUUGAUCCAGAAAAGCUAAUAGUAGAACUUGCUCCCAUGGAAAUAAGGACCUUUAUUAUCAAUUUUAAGCACUAGUGUAUUGGGAGGGAAUGGAUCUUUUAGCUUGAGAUUUUCUGGUGAAAAUUGUGCUUAUAUCUCUUUUUCAGAAAAUAAUAUUCUGUUAAGGUCUCACAUAAAUUUUCAUAAUUAUGAUGAGAGACAUCAGACACAAAAUUUUCAUGUAAUAAAAUUAGUCUAAAUUUUAGGACAAGAAUAUGUCAGUGAAAAAUAAACAAUGCUCUCAUAAAUGUAAAUAUGUUCAGGAUUUGCUUUGCUAAGAUUGUAUGGGACUCAAAAUCAAUGCCAAUAAAGUGCAAUGUUUCUCUACUUCA